AUGGACGAAAGCGAUGAUAUCGGUAGUAGUUACAUUAAAAAGAAUAUGAGAUCAAAAAAUACUGCUGUAAUUGGUAUUCAAGAACCAAAAAGAACAACUUUGUAUGACAUCGUUUGUUAUAAUUUUGAUUUAAUUGGCAGGACCACGUUUAUACACCGAUUUAUUUAUGGCGGUUUUCACAAUUGCGGCGAGACAGCUCAAGCUGAAUGUUUAAUUGGCCGGUUCUCUGAUAUUGUCAAUCAAACAAACAGAGCUAACAAUAUCCACGAGCACCUGACAGGAUUUCUGGUGGUCACCCCAAAGUAUUUCAUACAUAUGAUAGAGGGAGACGAAGAAGCUAUAUAUUAUCAUUUGAAAUUGUUGUUAGAUGCUACAGAUUAUCAGGAGCUGUUGAACAAUGUGAAGGUUUUUACGUUGCUGACGCAUGUGAAUAGGCGAUUAAUAAAUGACUGGGGAUAUUACUGUGGACUUCCACCACAGCUAUUUACCAACUUGGUUGCUGAUAAAGACGAAAUAUAUCGAAUAACACUGGCCUGUGUUCUAAAAUUAUACUCCCUAAGUAAUUUUGUGGCUACAGAUCCUUUAUUUUCUACAAUAAGUGCUAAAGCAGACACGAAAGUGCUUCAAAAACUUCCAGAACGUCAAGAGGAGAAGGUACCACCAAGUAGCAGUGAUGUUACGUUGGAGAAAACUCAUCCUGGAUUCCAGUAUAUAUUGUCGCCUGGAAGCGGCAGGAAAACAAGCACCGCAUUAGCAGAAACACUUAUUUCUUAUCUUCCAGAAGACGAGAUGUUGGGUUAUAUUUUAUCUUCAGAUUGGCCUAUGGACAUUGAAGAAUACUUUAAAAUUGCUAGGGAAGUUCCACAGAUAUAUAGAGAUUUCACUUGGCCAGUACCAGAAGAUUUUAUCCCGUUUGAUGUUUUUGAUACAACUUAUGACAGAAUAACAGCUUUGCCCAAACCAGAUGCUGAUGCAAAAACUAAAUCAGAAAAGACAUUUAACUUUGUUCUAUCAGAUGUUUGUGGCAUUUGUUCUUCUGCUACUACUACUCCACAACGCCAAAUGCCACGGAGGAUUUGA